AUGUCGCGCAACGUCGAAAUCAAGGCAAAAGUCAAAGAUCACGCAAAAUUGGUGGCUCGAGCUGUAGAACUCUCUGGAAAUCGCCCAGUUUUGCUGAAACAACAUGAUAUAUUCUACGAAUCGCCAAAAGGUCGGCUGAAAAUGAGAAGUGUUGAGGAAAAUGGAGUGGCAAAGACUGAGCUGAUCUGGUAUGACCGGCCGAAUGUUGCGGGACCGAAGUUGAGCGAUUUCAACAAAUUUGAUGUUCCUGCGGCGAUUUUGGAGGAUUUGAAGGUAGUUUUUGCAAAGAAUUUUUGAAAAUAUUUAAAAAAUUACAGACAACUUUGAAAAAUUCGAUGGGAUUGAUAGGAGAAGUGAAAAAAGUGCGAACUUUGGUGAUUUUCGAGCAAACUCGUAUUCAUAUCGAUCAAGUUGAAGGACUCGGCGAUUUUAUGGAACUCGAAGUUUGCCUGAAACCUGAAGAGAGUUUAGAGGAUGGCCAGAAGAUUGCGGAAAAGUUGCGCGCGGAUUUGGGAGUUGCGGAAGACGAUUUGCUAACUGAUGCUUAUAUGGACAUGUUGAAACGAUUGUGA